AUGUCAUUCAACCCUCAGACGCCUCAGAGCCCCUCGCAGUUCUCCCCGAGCACUGCGGAUCCGCUAUCUAGCAUGAAUAGCUCCAUGACAUCGAUCACCACCGCCUCUCUGCCGACGCCCGCCCACAGCGUCAACGAGACCCAUCCCGGCGACUCGUCGCACGACGUCGCCAUGUCCGACGCCGACUCCCCCAACAAGCGCAAGCGAAACCCCGAUGACGUCGGUCAUCAUGAGCAGAAGAAAGCGCUCGUCGAGGAUCCUCGCAGACUGGGCAUUGAGGACCUGCACUUAGAUGUGGGCCCCAAGGCCCUUCUUUGCAGAACUCCCCAUUUUGCCUCGUAUCCACGCUCGUCAGACGAUCUCUAUGAGAUGUUUGGCCUGACUGAUAUCGCUGCCGAGGUGGCGCGGACCAAGCCGAAUGGCGAGAAGAAUGCGCUCCGGAAGACCUUCAAGGGCCAUAUGAAGGCUCUGGGCAUUGCCGGCCACUUUGACCCCGUCAAGACGGAUGACAACGACCCCGAGGGUUUUAUGCACAUGCUCAACGCACCAGAGGAUGGCUGGUACGUGCAUGAGGUUGUCGGCAAGGAGAUCGGCAGAGGGUUUUCCGAUCAGGUCCAGUCGGCUCUGCAGAGGGCGACGACCAUGGCCAAGGGGCCGAUAGCGAAGUCGGUCUGGGACAGUUCCGUGCUCGGCGACCUGGCGCCCUCGUCGGUGGCCAAGAAGCCCAAGGAGGACAUGUUCAAGCAGAGCACGCCCGGCACGCCAUCAGGUCUGGCGGCAGGGCUGGGCAAGUCCAACAAGCUGCAGGUGCCCCAGGCGGAUCGCUCGAGGCGGAACGUCAAGAAGCGCAGCUACCAGGACAGCAGUUUCGAGGGAUAUGGUGAGGGCUACGGUGAUGACGAUCUCGGGGCUGAGACUGGUUACUCGACAGGAGACGGCGACGACCGGUCGGCGAAGAAGAGGAGAAAGCAGAAUCCCGGCAUCGCAUCGUCACUAGGCGGAGGAGCCCCCAUGCGGCAGGCAGUACGAUAA